AUGCGCGGCCCGCGGCGCCGGCUGCCGGCGCUGCCCGCGCUGCUGUGGCUGUGGCUGGCGCCGCUGCCGGGCCCCGCGGCGCGGGCCGAGCUGCGGGUGCGGGUGCGGCUGCCCGGCGGGCAGGUGGCCGAGGAGAGCCUGCACGCCGACAGCGGCGCCGACUGCAUCAGCCUGGAGCUGCGCGAAGCCGACGGCGCCCUGGUCACCCUCACGGCCGACUUCAGGCAGGAGGUGAAGAUAUUCCGUGCCUUAAUCUUAGGGGAGCUGGAGAGGGGCCAGAGCCAAUUCCAAGCUCUCUGCUUCAUCACGCGGCUUCACCGCAACGAGAUCAUCCCCAGCGAGUCUAUGGCAAAGCUGCGGCAGAAAAAUCCCAGGACAGUGCGACAGGCUGAGGAGGUCCGAGGCCUCGAACAUCUCAGUAUGGAUGUAGCUGUGAACUUCAGCAAAGGUGCUCAGCUGAGCUCCCACAUUCACAAUGUCUGUGCAGAGGCCAAAGAAGCAAUUUACACCCGAGAGGAAGAUGUCAAAUUUUGGCUGGAGAAAGGGGUAGAUGGCUCCAUGUUUGAGGUCCUGCCCCAGACAUCAGACCUCCCCGAUCUACAGCGCUGCAAGCUGUGCGCGGACCGCUGGAAACCCUGCAUCUGCAGCUACUCACUGAACAUCGAGUGGUACCCGUGCAUGCUGAAGUACUGCAAGACUCGGGAUGCUGGGGGCAAAGUUUCUUCUUACAAGUGUGGCAUCCGCAGCUGCCAAAAGGGGUACACCUUCGAUUAUUAUGUGCCGCAGAAGCAGCUAUGUCUGUGGGACGAGGAGACCUAGCAGCGCCAGGCAAGGCCUUUUCAAGGGGUAGCUCAUCUUCCUCCUGCCCCUCUCUUAUGAUGUUAAGGGCAUCCUGGAGUCGGCUGCUCCAAAGAAGGAAUAUGGUCCACAGAGGUGCCUUGUAUGAGGAGAGCUUUGUGUGUGCCUUUCCUUCUGGCCCCCUGCAACCUUCUCCCCACCUAUCACUGCCUCAUACUGUGAUAAGUGGGCUCAGCAAACUGCAUGUUAAUGCUCUCCUGCCAGUUGCCAGGUGAUGCUGCCUCCAGGAAGAAGCAAGUUCUGUCCUUCUGGAGUGAAGGACUGGGAGGGAUGUGUUUUGCCCUGCUCUGGAUUUAGCAGCUCUGGUAACAGUCAUCAGCCUUGAGCAUCCUUAGGGUGGUCAGAGCAGGGAGAGAAGUGGUCUUGACAACAUGAAUAAUUGUCAAACAUCCCUGCCACUGAAGAAGCCCUUUCACUGAUUUUGCCACCUCCUGGUGACAUAACAGCAUUUCCCAAUGGGAAAAAUAGCUAAUUUAUGGGACCACAUACUCAAACAACAAUGGUACGAAACCUACCCAAAGCAAGAGCCUGCCUGUAGCUUUUUGUAGUAUCUGACUGGCUGUUAUCCCUCCUGUGGCUAGAAGAUAGAAUAAGGGGAUAUAUCCCAGCAAUCACUUACACACUUAAAGGGCUGAUAAUGAGGGCUCUACUUAACCCUAUGUAGACUAGUUAAGGCCCAACUUCUUGUGUUGGUCCUGUGACUCUCCCACUAAGAAAGAAAAGUCCAGAAACUGGUGACUGCCAUCAUAACGUUGUGGUUGCGGGUGGGGGGAGGAUGAUCCCAGGUGGAGUUUGCACCAUUAUUUUGAAGAAGACAGCGUUGAUCUGCCUGACUUAGAGCAGAGGACCAAGGGCCAGAACUCCUCAGGUCUACGUCUUACUCUGCCAAUUACUCACAAUAAGCUCUUAGAUAUUGUACUGCUUUGCUGUGCCUUGGUUUCCCCUAUAUGUAAAUUGGGGAUGACACUGAAGCUGACCUUGGCUCUGUUAUGCACCUGGAGGGCACCAGAUAAAGAGCGCUGCUGGAUUACUGCCUAAUUCCUGUGUCCUCUUUCACUCGAGUUAGAACAGCCAGGGAGGUGAGAAAGAGGCUAUUGGGGUUAUUUUGAACCCUGGUACCUCAUGGUGAAAAGCCUUCACUGUGUGCCUUUUUGCCUAAUAUCCAGGAAUUUGACAAAAAAAAAAUCUUACAUUGGGUCACAAAUAUUUUUGUAUUGAUCCCCUGAUGGGGGGGGGAGGGGGAGAAGGGAAAGGUAUUUUAAUAUUGUGACAUGAAGUAAAACACACUUGAAAUAAUUUUUUUCUAAAGCAAAUUAUUUAUCAUUUGUAAGGUAAAUAAACUGAUUUUUUUAAAGCA